CUUUUUAAUCAGCUCGCGCAUUGGACUCGAAGAAACUGUCAUUAUUUUCAAUUGCCUUGAUAUAAAAGAUCAAAUCAACAAGAGAUUUCACAUUAUUGCGGGUCUUUGUGAAUUACAAGAUGCGCCUUUCGCUGAGCAUUGUUCUACUACUCGCGUUCGCUUGUGCCAACGCAACGCGCAAAUCCUACUCCUGCUACAAGGUCAUACGGACGGAUGUGUUGUCCAAGGAAUCCAUCAAGGGCGUUGCCCCCUUGCAACACAGACCGGAAUUCAACUUCUGGAGCCAGCCCAUGGUAGGCCGAGCUGUGGAAAUUAUGGUUGCACCCCAACAUGAAGCCCUUCUUACUGGGAUUUUACGCAGAAUGAAAUUAAAUCCGACUGUGAUAAUCGAAGACGUCGGAAGAGAAGAGCAAAUGGAGCGUGACUACAUUGCGCAGAUCAAAUCGCAAAGGAAAAAUGGCAGGGAAGUUACUUUCGACAACUUUAUGACCUUUGAUGAGAUUCAAGCUUAUUUGGCUGAGCUAGUGGCCGCGUACCCAGACUUGGCGUCUCUGAUACAAAUCGGUACAUCCACCGGUGGACGUCCACUGAACGUACUGAAAAUCUCCAACGGUCCUGGAAAGAAGGCUUUGUUCACGGACGCGGCGAUUCACGCCCGCGAGUGGAUUACACCACCUGUCGCGCUGAAAAUCGCGUUUGAGCUGCUAGAAAAUUACAGUAUCAAUCAGGGACUGGUGGACCUCGUCGACUGGUACAUCCUACCGGUGGCGAAUCCCGAUGGCUACGUUUACUCGUGGGAGUCGGAUCGUUAUUGGAGAAAAACGAGGAGUGAGAAUCCCGGCUCCUCUUGCAUUGGAACUGAUCCAAACAGGAACUUUGACUUCCACUGGGGAGAAGAGGGAGUCACAAACCCUUGUGGCGAAACUUGGCCAAACACAAGACCUUUUUCUGAGCCAGAGACUGCAGCAAUGAGCGUAUUCAUCAACAACACCUUGGAAAUUACCACUUACAUAGCACUCCACAGCUAUGGACAACUGCUUAUAUUCCCGUACGGACACACCACAGAACUGCCGCCAACGUUUGAUGUAUUGAAUGGACAUGCACUCGAAGCUGCUGCAGCUCUUGAGGCAGUGAGUGGCACAGUGUAUGAAGUUGGAACAGUGGCCAAUGUUCUUUAUUACUCCUAUGGUGCGUGUCGUGACUGGGCUUAUGGUGCCGCUGGCCUCCCUCUCAGCUACACAUUUGAACUGCCUGGUAACGGAUUUGGAUUUAGCCCUCCACCGACCGACAUCAUUCCAGUCGUAACUGAAACCUGGGAGGCAAUCAAGGUGCUGGCUGUUGCUGCGGCUGGUGCUGUACGACCAUGAAAAUAUAUUGAUUUCAUAUA